AUCCAAAAAAUUUUCAAAUGAUUAAAGCGCCAUCUUUACGUAGUUUCAUGUACAGUAAAAUUUCUUUCUUAUACUCAUAUGAUAUUUUACUGACUUAUUAUCUUAGUUCUGACAAAAUUUGUGGAAAACAGUCCAUACGAGCAAAGAAGAUUGGACGGUUUAAUAGUUUCACAGUCGCACUACUGGAUGGUCAAACUUGCAAAUGAAAAACCGCUGGAUCAAUACCCGGCUCGGCACUUCUGGCAACUUGUAUCUCUGAAACGAAGAAAAUGGAACAUAAAAUAGCUACUUUGGAUUGGGCUGACUUAGCAGUUAUUGCAGUAGCCAUGGGUAUAAGCGUUAUCAUCGGUUUGUACUAUCGAUUUUCUGGUGGUAAACAAAAAACUAUACAGGAAUACUUUUCGGCAGACAAAUCAAUGAAUAUCAUACCGAUUGCCAUAGGUCUGAUGGUUUCAUUUGUAUCGGCAAUAACACUGCUUGGAAUUUCCGCUGAAAAUUACACUUAUGGUACUCAGUUUUUCGUCAUAAACUUGUCGUACUUAAUAGGUACGCCAUUGGUUUGUUACGGUUAUAUGCCAGUAUUUUUUAAUAUUGGAGCAAUAAGUGCAUUUGAGUAUUUAGAAAAGCGGUUUGGACGUGCUUCACGUGUAGUUGCCGGUAUAAUUUAUUGGAUUCAAUUACUUCUAUACUCUGGAGUAGUCUUGUAUGCCCCGGCUUUGACGCUAGAAGCCACGACAGGAAUUGAUAAAAUUUGGAGUAUAGUUGGAAUAGGCGUGAUUUGCGCGUUUUAUUGCACUUUAGGUGGAAUCAAGGCUGUAUUGAUAACCGAUGUUUUCCAGGGAGGCUUAAUGUUCACUUCACUAUUUAUUAUUAUAUUUACGGCGGCCCACAAAGUAGGUGGAUUCAGUGAAAUCUGGCGAAUAGCCUCAGAAGGCAAAAGAAUUCAAUUUGAUGAAAUAUCACUUGAUCCAACGAUUCGUCACACCUGGUGGGGUCUUCUUAUUGGUGGAUUAGGUAGUUACUUAUCGUUGUACGGCGUAAACCAAGUUCAAAUUCAACGGAUGAUGACUACAAAUAUAAAAUCAGCUAGAUUGGCAUUAUGGCUAAGUUGGCCAAUCCUUGCGUUCUUGUCAGCGUUAACUUGCUAUUCUGGUCUUGCCAUGUACAGCUAUUAUUACAAAUGUGAUCCAAAAACUACAAACAGAAUAGAAUCUAUGGAUAUGUUAAUGCCACUGUUUGUGAUGGACACAUUAUCAAACGUACCAGGUCUUCCUGGUUUAUUCGUUGCUGGAAUUUUCAGUGCUGGUUUAAGUACGAUAUCUGCAGGAUUGAAUUCUCUAGCUGCUGUCACAUUAGAAGACUAUAUCAAACCAAUGUACUCGUUUUGCUCAGGUCAUAAACUCUCAGAAAACCAAUCUAUAGUUUGUAGUAAAAUACUGGUGCUGGUAUUUGGGAUUUCGUGUAUUGCCCUUGCCUUUGCUGCACAACUGCUGGGAGGUAUUCUCCAGGCUAGCUUGACUAUUUUUGGAGUAGUUGGAGGUCCUUUGCUUGGUAUUUUCACCUUAGGAAUGCUUGUUGAGUCUGCAAAUGAAAUUGGUGCCAUAACAGGAACAUUAAUCUCGUUUGCAUUUUGUAUGUGGAUUGCCUUUGGUCAGCCAAGGCCAUUACCUCCUAAGUUGCCUGUUGACACAUACGGCUGUAGCUAUAAUUUCAACGCUAGUAUUUCAUUUGAAGAAGCAUUUGAAAAGAGUGAUUCGUCUUACUUUUAUUUGUACAAAAUAUCGUACAUUUGGUAUAGUGUGAUUGGAUUUCUUAUCACAAUGGCACUAGGAUACGUAAUCAGUAAUUUGAGCCGUGUAGCUUUAAAAAUACCGCAUGAUGAGCCAGAUCCACAGCUAUUUUUUCCUUUCAUUGCCAGUCGUAUAAAAAAACGACGACUUCAGACUGAAAUUAAUCAAAACAGGCAAUUUUAUACAUCUACUGUGUGUUCUAGUCAACACGAUAAUUGUCCAAAUAACGAAGAGUAAGAAAGUUGUAGACAAACUCGUACUAUCCAAUAUUUUUAAUAAGAACAUGGAUUAUGUAACAAGUUUUGAACGUUUAUUAGCUAUUAACAGUGUUUUUUUACUACUAUGUCACCUUAAUUUUUACUUUAAUGUAUCUAUUAAUAUCGUACUCUUUAUAUCUGACUGAUUAUAAAGUAGUAAGUUACCAACUAUGAAUAUACGUGUGUACUGAUAAGUUUUAGAUAUUGUUUUUUAGUUUUGAUAAUUAGUUCUCGUUGGACAAGUAUUUUUGAUAAAUAAAAAA